AUGGCUUUGGUAGAGAGCGAGGCACCUUCGACCGCCAACCCUGAGACCUUUAAGCGAGGCGACACUCUUACAGACUCUGAAAGUUGGCUAGCGACGUCAUGCAGCUCGCCCGCAUUUACAGGAACCAGCUGCGUUUACACGGGGCCACCUCCGUCUUUAUAUCCUGCUCCGCCAAUUGAGGCCCUUAAGGCACUCGAGCUGACAGAGGAACAGCUAGCGAAAAUAAAAGCACUUCGAGCAUCAGUAGAUGCUCUACCUAUCGUGACAGACCUCACGGAGACGCCCCAGAUACAAAAGGAGAAGAGCUGGCUUUCUGGUUUAUUUAGCAGGAGUUCAAGCAGCAUUUCGAAAGGCGAAGUGACUGCACUGACUUGGGAAGAGGUGCUGUGGCUUGCGAACGACAUGGUUCUGUGCCGGUACCUCAGAAGUUACUCCUGGGAUGAUGUGCAUGCACGACAACAGCUUUUGCGAACAGUUUGGUGGAGGAGGCACAGGAAGCCACACUGCAUAAGCCCAGAGGAAGUUAAGGGGACUGCAGCUAGGGGAAGCGUCUACCGUAAAGGCUUCGAUAAACGUGGCCACCCGAUUGUGUAUUUCAAGCCCGGUCGAGAACCGGCACAGUCUACCAAAGCGGCUCAAGAUUAUACGCUGUACACGAUGGAGCGGGCAAUGCAGUCUGUGGAUAAGUCUUCAGGGCGCGAUCAACUAGUGUUUCUCGUAGACUUCAGCGGAUUUAGUAUUACGCAGGUGCCCUCCAUGGACUUGAGCAAAGAGGUUGUUGGCAUUCUCAAUGACCACUACACUGAUAUUUUGGCAAAGGCCUACAUGCUGGAUGCCCCCAGUUAUUUUGACUCCGUCUGGCGUUUCGUAAAAAUCAUGCUACAUCCGUUGACGGCCAGCAAGGUUGAGUUUAUCCAGACGAGCAACAAGCAACAGCUCAGCAAGCUCUUGGAGCAUGUUCCUGCUGAGUUUCUGGAAGAAAGUCUCGGCGGCACAUGCGAAGUUUCAUAUGAUCAUGACAGAUACUGGGAAGCAGAAGAUAAAUAUCAUGCAGAAAUCAAAAGACAUAUGGAACAAGAAAUUCAAAAGAUGCGAAGCAGUGAAGUGUUUCUCGCCAGGCUGAACACAGCCUCCAGGGAUGCGGAUAGCCAAGAGUCUCUUCCAACUACUGAGAAUGAGAGGGAACUAUGUACGGAUGAAAGCGACUGGAAACAUAAUCGAUACCAAACACUGACCAUUCAAGUCUGCAAUUCUACACCAAAAGUGUUGAAUGCACUUUUUGCGUCCGGCAAUAUGCCUAAAGAAUAG